UAAUCGAGUUUCGAAUCUUAUCAUUCUAGCUAGCAUUUUUCGUUGCUUUGUUUUGUGCUGAGUGCCUUCUCCAGGUUGCAUUGGAUAAGAUUGCGAUGAUACUCUCAGCAACAUGAUGUUUGCAUCUGUCAAUAAGCGAAACGAUGCGAGCUUGAUAAUGCGAUCCACAUUGGUUCUGCUGAUUCUGCUGAGUGCUGGCUCUUCGUUCAGCCUUGUCCAAAGUUUCCCCACAACAGCAAAGACAAUCUACCAAUAUAAUCAGGCAGCAUUGGGUAGACACCGUCAUUCUUCUUUGUCGGCAUCCAAGAGUUCGGAAGCGCCGCCACUGCCACCAUGGAAGUUUCAAGCAAGUCGCAUAUACUACCAAUUUCGAGCCAUUCCCACGAAGAAUGCUAGGCAGUACUGUCCACCCUGCCAAGGCAAUGCGUCACCCUUAAUUCUUCUCUCGUUGGGAGGGUAUACACUGGGUGGAAUCUUUUGCAUUGAAUAUCAAGAAUCUCCUAUUGGAUCCUACCGUGAAGUGGCAUUCUUGUCCAGUUUGGUGGCACGGCCUCCAUUCAUUGGUGCAUGGGCGUCUCACAUAAUCGUCGAUUCCGAGGAGGCUGCCAAGUAUGGACAAGAGUUUUGGGGACUGCCAGCUACAGUUUUGCCAAUCAACUUUAUUGCUGAUUCUUCGUCAGAGGAAUCCACCAAAAUCUCCAAUCAGCACGGAUCCAUCCUUUUGUCGGACAAUGUGAUUCAAGUCUCUGGUUGGGGUACAACGGUCCCCAACAAUAACGACAGAACAACAAAUACCAUCCCAAAACUCAUUCUGGAAAAAUUGGAUGUGUCCCUGCCAAGCUUCAGUGGACUUUUACCGGUAGACAACAACGAGGCUGCAGCAAGCAAGCCUUCACCACUUUUGCAGUAUCCCUUGAGUAUUGAAAAGCCGUCUUCCUUGGGGUUGGACCGUUCCAAGUCUCUUCAGUUUGGAGACGUUGCGGACAGUAGCAUGUUACACGAGGUUCAGAGCUUGUUGCAAGGAAGUCAUCCUUUGGCGUCCGUGGGAGUGGAGAAUGUAACAUUGGUUGCGGGAGAUCCGGAUGUGGUUGAUUGAGACCGAAAAUUGGCAGCUGUGAAUUAUAACAUCAAGACCACCAACAGCAUUUCAGCCAUUGGACUGUUUCUCAGUGUUGUGAUCAGCUGAGAAUACAUCUAUUUAUUCAACAAGUACCAGUACCGGUACCAAGGACUACGAUAAAGGUCGGACCUCGGUGUCAGUCUAAGAUACCCUCUGGGAACCUGCUUGAUUUUUAUCGAAAGGAUCCUUUUGAACUGGGAAGCUACGGUGGCCAUUACCCACGAUGUGUCAUGAUUGCUUUCUUUGAUUCUGUCAAAUGACAUAUGUACACUGUAGACUACCUUAGAGGUAUGCAUAUAGAUACAACCUUUCUAGCU